AUGAGCAGAGAUAACAUGAAUAAUGAUGUUCUAAUGGCAACGCAAACACUAAUUAACGAAUACCGACAAUUGACGUCACAUCCGACAGCUUACGGAUCAGUGGCGCGCACUGAUAACAUUCUUGUGUGGACGUUGUAUAUGUACGGACCGGAACGCUCGCAAUAUGAGGGCGGAACGUUUUUGGUGGAGUUAGCAUUUCCUAACACAUACCCUAAUCGUCCACCACAAGUUACAUUUAAAACAAAAAUUUUUCACGCAAACAUUCGAUCGGAUGGCUACGUAUGCACCUCAUUACUAAGUGCUUGGCGUUCAACCGACUCAGUGAAGACAAUUAUGUUGGCAUUAAAUAAUAUGAUGUCUCAACCCAACCGUGAUAGCCCUUACACCGGGCAGGGCCUUACUGACCAAGAGUACAACGAAAAGGCCCGCGAAUAUACACAACAAUAUGCUAUGAAAAACAUAUCCUGUAACUCCAAUAUAUCCAUAUUAGAGCGUCUACAUGUUCUA